AUUGCUUUCUGAUAAACUCGAAAAUAUUCAAAUUAUUAUAUUAAGCCGCUGAAAAUAUAAGUUGAAAUUUAAUAUCCAUUAAAAUGGAAAACGAAGAUUCAUUGAACUUUACUAACUUAAUCAGCUGCAAGGGCAGAAUACCAAAAAUAACGCUGCCCAAUGUCCAUCCCAUUAAAGAUAUCAACGCCUUCAUGAGCGAUCCCAAAAACAUCAAUGUAGCUAUUGAUGACUUAAUCAAACGCCAGGAAGUAAAUGCCCAACAAUGUCGCAAGGUACUGAAAAUCCUAAAGGAGCGACUUAGUCUGAAGCUGUCAACGAUGCAAAAGCUUAAGAAGGAUCUGCUGGAUUGGCAUUCGGAGAUCAAAAAGCCCGGUGCAGUGACUCGGUUUGUGACAAACCAUGAGAAAGUUAAAUUGCAUUUCCUUGACGAGACUGAAAGCAGCGAACACGAAGUAUCCGACGCCCUGGAACGCUGCAAUAUAAAGAUGAGCUCGACUUAUUGUGAAAUCCUGGCACUGGACAGCGAUAUGGGCAGUGUUGUCUAUUUGGAGCGGGUCUCCCAAAUCAACAUAGACUACAUAAAGGAUUGGUAUAAUACUGAAAAGCAGAAUAAGAAACGAAAGUCCCUGUCAGCUGCCGAUGGCGUCAAACCGACUGUUUAACCUGGUAUACCUUCCAGAUUGAUAUGUUUUACUCAAUCGCCAUGAUUUUCGCACUGUUCUGUGGAUUAAAUUUGUAUCGCAAAAAGCAAA